GGGUUCUAGAAGGCGUGACGUGAGGUCAAGAGCAGGCUCGGAGGCGGACACCUCUCAGCAGUCGCUGUGGCUGCAGCUGCCGGACCUGGGGACACGGGUGGCCGGGGCCGCGGGCGCAAUCUGCUCAACUCCCCGGCUAUGGCCGCGCUCGGUCGGCCCUUCAGCGGCCUCCCCUUGAGUAGCGGCUCGGACUUCCUGCAGCCGCAGCCGCCGGCCCUCUGCGGCCCGGCCUUGCCGCCGGGGGCGGACGGUGCAGAGCCGGCCCCUCGGCCGGGACCCCGCGUUUCCCCGAGCAGCCCCGGCGGGAGUGCGGCGCGCGGACGCAGUGUUUCAGUUCCCUGCAAAAAGAAACACAAGCUAGAGCUGGAAGAUGAUGAUUGCCCAGUAAGAAAGAAAAGGCUAACUGAAGCAGGGCUCUGUGCUGGUCCUAAUGACUGGAUUCUUUGUGCACAUCAGGAUAUAGAAGGUCAUGGAGUAAAUCCAUGCACUAGUGGCCUUUCUGCACCUGGCAUGUUAGAUGUUAUUUGUGAAGAAAUGGAUCAGACAACUGGAGAACCUCAGUGUGAAGUUGCCAGAAGGAGGCUUCAGGAAAUUGAGGACAGGAUAAUUGACGAAGAUGAAGAAGUUGAACCUGACAGAAAUAUUAACCAUCUCCCCAGUCUUGUCCUUUCUGAUACCAUGAAAACAGGUUUGAAGAGGGAAUUUGAUGAAGUCUUUACAAAGAAAAUGAUUGAGUCCAUGAGCCGUCCUUCUAUGGAGCUUGUGCUCUGGAAACCUCUCCCUGAACUCCUUUCUGAUAAGCCAAAGCCAUCAUCAAAUGCUAAGAACUACACAGGAGAGAGCCAAACUAAGCAUGCCGUUGCCGGCACCGCCUUCCCUGGGAGAACUGAACUGUUCUUGGAACCUCGACAAACAGGGAUGCAUAUUUACAGUAGUUUGGAGACAGCUGCUUGCACAGAAGAAGAGAUGGAACUCUAGAAAUGUGUUUCUGUACUAAAGGUGUCAAUUUUAGAAGGCUCAUGUGUUUAAUUGAAACGGGUGUAUCUCCACCUGUGAUGUGGGGUGGGACUCAUUUUGGGUAGCCAUUUCUUAAAUUCAACUUUUUGCCAAGGAAGCUUGUCUCAAGGGAAAAACUGUUUUCUAGAGGAAUUAAUAUUGUGAGAUUACAGUGUGCACAGGCAAGUAUAGAAACUAUACGUGUAAGGGUGACUUAAGUCAUUUGUUACAUGGUCUAAACCACAGGUGGCAAACAGAAGGCCCGAGGGCCGAAUUCGGCCCUCUACCUUGUUUGAUCUGGCCCGGCACCUUGUUUCUACUUGGCGGCAGUGCCAAGCACCUUGCCCCUAGUUAAGGACUAGUUACAUUUAUACAGUCCUAAAAUUACAUUUGGCCCUUUGAAGGCAACCAUGAGACUGGUUUGACACCCCUGUUCUAAACUAUUCAAAUACUUGGAGAAAACUCAGACACUUGAGUUGAAAAAGAUGCAUUAAGAAAGAAGAAUACUGCCACUACAACUGUACCCUGACAGUUGAAUCAUAACUGUAUCUGUAGAUAUGAGCUCUGUUUACAGUGGUUCAGGGAGAAGGAGGGGGGAAAAAGCAGUAGCUUAAGCCUGUUGCUAAGAAAUUUAAUAGAGGCUCUGAAACUUGUACAUUAGUUGUCAAUUUAAUGUAGCUAAAUAGCCAGUAGCAUUGUGGCUCACCUCUUUGCCUCUGUGAAAAUGCAAUGAAAAUACAAAGAAGAGAUUUUCCUUGGAGGGUUUUUUGCUUUGUAUUACUGUAGCUCCUUGAAUUCCCUUGUAUAAUUGAUAAGCCAAGCUAUUCAGUAAUGUUUACAACUUAAUCAACUUUGAGUGAUGAUUUAAAGGUAACCCCUAUGCACAUUGGCUAUGAGAGAAGUUAUCUUUUAGGUAAUCCCAAGGAAGUGCUGUGUUAACUAAGCCCAGCAUUGAUAACUUCAGUAGUUAAAGAAAAAGUUGUACCUAUAUUAAGCUAGUUGAGUUUUUAAUGUUAAUUUAGAAAACAAUGACUGAAUAAUUAACUGAGACCAUAUGUGCGGGCAAUGUUGAGAUUUACUGAAAUAGCCAAUUUGCCUGGUGCUUCAACUGUUGUGCAGUAUCCUGAAAGUUAGUGGAGAAUAGCUUCCUGCUAAAGGAAGUCUUCAUUUUUCAGACCUGAACCAGCUCAAAAUGUCCUUUGGGGAUAACCAGGAUUGAAGUUUUUCAUUUCUCAGGAAGAACUCUGCUUGACAAGGACUCAGUAGUGCAAAGUGAAAUGACAAUUCCUUUAAUGCUACAGAAUAUUCACUAUAACUUAUUAAAUGAGUGUAAUAGUGUCAUGCUGGCCCUUUCCUCACACAGUGUGAACAGGAGACCACCCCAGUUCUUUUUGUUUUCUGGGUUUCUUCCCCUUUUAGAGGAAUCAGAUACCUUGUGUAGGGGAAGAAAUGAUUUAUGCUAAGUAUAGAGGUAACUUCUUUAGUAACUAGCUCCCAGACAUUUUUGAAACACUCUGAAAUCCCUUCCCUUGUUACAGAUGGCGUAGAAGUCACAAGUCUGUUUAUUGGACUGUUUCUUCUCUUGCCGUUUGUUCCUGCUUUCUCUAUUUCUGUCUGGAUAGUCAGGAAAAGAUUUAAUGUUUAAUAUUUAAACAAAAUAUUUAAUGUCUACACAGUAAAAUUACUCAAACUUCAAACCAGUAUUUAAACCAGCUAAUAGUUUCUUAAUCUCAGAUUUAGAGAUGAAUGUAAACUGUAUUCUGUUGGAAUUUGCAAGUGUUUGAUUCAUGCCAUUUGAAAAACUGCUUUCAGGUCAUUGUUCAAUGGGACCAACUUGCAAAGUUUGCAGCCUUAAAGAAAUCUCCAUGCUAAAAAAAGUUUGUUCUAGUAUAACCCCAAAACAUGAAGUGACUGCCUGGAAUUUGGAGUUAGUCCCAGCGGUAGGGUGGAAGGGGAGGUGACAGCUUUCCCAAGAAGCACCCAAAUACACUGAUUGUCUUCUGUAGGCAUUGUUGGGCAGGCCUCUGGUCAAAGGUCUGUGUGAUUGCAAAGGAGGAAAGAAGGGCCCCCAAACAAGGCUCUGGUACCAUUGAUAAAUACAGGAGAGGAUGAAGAUUCUGUUAGUUAAAAUCUAAAUAGAACUUGUUUCAGGAGUCAAGAUACCUGACAUAAUUAUUUCUGCAGGAAAAUGGAUGUUUAAUGCUUCUUUUUAAACUUCUUUCAUAUGUUCAUGCAAAAAUUAUCUUCAUCCUUGUGGUGCUUAUUUAUCUGAGCCUUCUCCACAGUCCCCAGGCUUCUCUGCUUUGUUUUUCUUUUGUAGCAUAAGGCUUUUGCUUUUGCCUUAAGGUUUUUCUAAAGGGAUAAGUCUUUUCAUUUGGUACAGCUUUUACAGCAUGGAUCAAACAUUAGCUUUCUAUGCUAAUGUGUGAAGAGAAAAAAAUUAUCUAAAGCAGGUGAGCUUUAAUGAACAAAUGUAUAUUUUCUCUGAGUUUGAGUAGGGUGUGUGUGGGUUUUGUUUUUUUGUUUUUAAUUAGUAUGAGGAAAGUAAGUCAAGUUCUCACAAAUAUUAAUCAACCAAUUUUUUAAAAAAAUUUCAUUGUUGAAAGGUGCAAAUAUAAAAUUAGAAAAAUAUUAGAACCAUGGCAAGAAUGUUUACCAGCAAGUUUAUUAAGUAUUUUGGAUUUGGAACUUGGUUUUGUUUUUUAAUAGUGAUAAGAAUGGUACAGCACUAGGAAAAUUCUGAAAAAUUGUCAAUUUUACUUUAAAAUGAGAAUCUGGUGUUACUGUAUUUUAUUGUUUUCAAUAAAACUUCAUAAGUGUUUUGGA